AUGCCAGAUAAUUGGGGAAUAGGUCGGUCGGAUUCAGGGUGGAUGGUGAGUGCGACAUUUUACGAAUUCGUAGCCAAUAUCUUCUAUCCAUGGUUGGAAGAAAAUCAUAUAAAACUACCCGUUUUGUUACUGUUAGAUGGACACAAAUCGCACAUAAGCAUAGAUCUUUUCAACUUUUGCAUAAAAAACAAUAUUAUAUUAUUUUGUUUGCUGCCUAAUGCUACUCACAUACUCCAACCCUGUGACGUCGCGGUGUUCAAAGCUUUGAAAGUAGCCUGGAAAGAUGUUGUUAUGAGGCAAAAACAGGAUUCGCAAAAGUCUAUCACAAAAACCAACUUUGCACCUCUAUUUAAAAAUGCUUUUGAUAAAGCCAUCAAACCUGAAACAAUAAUGGCUGGAUUUCGAGUAACCGGUUUAUUUCCUUUUGACCCAAAUGAGAGGAAACUGAUCAAUUUGAAUCACUAA